CUCGACUCGACUCGACUCAACACCACUCGCCGCCCAAGCCACUGGUCCAGUAACCAGCAACUCGUCACUUGACUUUUACCCAGCACUUCAAAAGCCAGCAGCAAGGAAUUGCAACACGAACUGCAAAGAAGAAGUGUUGUUCUCUGCGGGUUGUUGUGUCUCCGCUCACACUACACAGCAGAAUCAGAUUAAGAUUUCCUCUUGUAGACCUUGGAAGAAGAGACAAGACAUAGAAGGAUACCCCACAUCCUUGCUAAUAGAGCAAGCCAUUGAGUGCUUUGGAUCUUCAACGCGCAGCUCUUCGCUCAUAAAGUCUUUUCACUUUCUCGCUACACUUUACUGGUACCAACCAUGCAGAACGAUCGCAGCAGCAUUAUCGAUACCAUCCAGGCGAUGCACCGCCAAGAAGCCAUUGGCUACAUAAACGGUGAUUAUCUUAACAUGUACUCUCCUGACUUGGUAGCAGUCAACGUGGACUGCCGCACCAAGAUGGCGCAGUGGUGUUACUCGGUGGUUGACUUUUGUUCUUUCAACCGCGAGACGGUGGCGAUUGCCAUGUCCUACCUAGACCGCUUCCUGUUGACACCUGCCGGUUUACCCGUGCUAGGAGAUACGAAUGCCUUUCAAUUGGCCGCCAUGACGUCGCUCUACACGGCUGUCAAGAUCCACGAGCCGGAAAUCAUGGGCGUCGACUUGGUCUCCAAGCUCAGCCGUGGUCAGUACAGUCCACAGGAAAUUGAGACCAUGGAAUUCACCAUUCUACAGGCAUUGGGAUGGAAAGUGAACACCCCCACCGCACUCUCCUUUGUCAGAAAGUUCCUAGAACUCCUGCCCAUGGGAACGCUGGAGGAAUCCAUUGCAGAAGCGGCAUACGAUCUCAGCAAGUUCCAAUCGGAAUUGGCCGUGGGAGACUACAACUUGGUACCCAUCCAGGCAUCUACAGUGGCCUAUGCCUCCAUUAUCAAUUCGCUGGAAGGACUCGCGGUCGAUGCCACUCUUAUCGAAACCUUGGCCUAUACCAUUGCGGCUGCCUUGAGAAUUGAUAUUACCUCGCAGACUAUUCGGGACGUCCAGAAUUAUCUCUACCAGGCCAUUUCACAGCAGUCCACGGGGGAAGCCGUUGCCAACAACAGUCCGGCGCGCCCAAAAGCGGCAGCGUCCAGUCCGUGCAGGAGCCACGGGGUGGACGCUUCCCCUCGAACGGUAGAAGCCAUGGUGAUGUGAUGAUGAAAGAUUAUUGAUUGAUCGACAGAACGCAAAAUGACCUCCGAGGGAAUACUACCGAUCCCCCCCCAUCCCGCUCUUCUCUAGUAGGAAAAAGAUCCCGGUGCGAUCUUCCAAAAGUGUUGGUUCGAUUCGAUGUUGUGCGUUAUGAUGACGACGAUCCACCUGGCUGAUCUUUUUCCUUGUAGACUAUACUAUUGCUGCGCCCCCACCCACCGACCCCACCCACACCCAUUCCAAGCCCUGUAACACUUUUCUGCAUGAUUUGACUGACAAGACUAUUAUUAUUAUGAACAUAACUCACACCACUGCUCUGCGGUACACACCACCGCGGGCCUCUCAAAAAAGAUCUCUGAUCGACCGCUCUAGGAGAGUAAGGUUUCGAACGGCAGAGAAUAAAAAUAUAGACGUUCUACAUUUUUAUAUCU